AUGGCCAAGAAACAGACAAGCCCCGCCUACGUCCUGGGCGUGGGCAUGACCAAGUUCAUCAAGCCGCGCGGCAAAGUCGACUACCAUGAACUGGGCUACGAGGCGGGCAUCAAAGCCAUGCUCGAUGCUAAGAUCACCUACGACGACGUCGACCAGGGCGUCGCCUGCUACGUCUACGGCGACAGCACCUGCGGCCAGCGCGUCUUCUACCAGUUCGGCCUAACCAACAUCCCCAUCUACAACGUCAACAACAACUGCUCCACGGGCUCCACAGGCCUCGCCAUGGCCCGCACAAUGGUCACUCACGGCGCGGCGGACUGCGUCCUCGUCGUCGGCUUCGAGAAGAUGAACCCCGGCAGCCUGCAAUCCAUGUACAACGACCGCACCAACCCCACAGGCCUGUUCGGCAUGAUGAUGGCCGAGACCCGCGGCGUGACCAACGCUCCCGGUGCAGCCCAGAUGUUCGGCAACGCCGGCCGCGAGUACAUGGAGAAGUACGGCGCCACCAACAAGGACUUUGCCGAGAUCGCCCGCGUCAACCAUGAGCACUCCAAACGCAAUCCCUAUUCGCAGUUCCAGCAGGAAUAUACUCUCGACGAGGUUCUCAACGCGCCCAUGAUUCACGAGCCCCUCACCAAGCUGCAGUGCUGCCCGACCUCGGAUGGCGGCGCCGCCACCGUCAUCGUCUCGCAGGAGUUCCUCGACGCCCGGCCUCAUCUCAAGGACCAAGCAAUCCUCAUCGCCGGCCAGACCCUCGCCACCGACACCGAGUCCGUGUACAGCCGCAGCUCGAUCGACCUGAUGGGUGUCGGCAUGACGCGGCAUGCAUGCCGCACGGCCAUCGCCGAGGCUGGCGUGAACGUGAAGGAUAUCAAGGUGUGCGAGCUGCACGACUGCUUCUCUGCCAACGAGAUGAUCACCAUCGACGCACUGGAGCUGUGUGAACCCGGCAAGGCGCACGAGAUGGUCCGCCGUGGCGAUAUCACCUACGGCGGUAAGAUGGUCAUUAACCCGUCUGGCGGGCUGAUUUCCAAGGGCCACCCCCUCGGUGCGACGGGUCUGGCGCAGUGCGCUGAGCUGGUCUGGCAUCUGCGCGGGUGGGCUAACAACCGUCUCAUGGAUGGCACGGCUGUUGCCCUGCAACACAAUCUGGGUCUAGGCGGCGCGGUGGUCGUCACCGUGUACAAGCGCGCGGAUGGCAAGGUCGCUGCGGCUGUGCCCUCGGACGUUGUCGCCAAACUUACUGGUCUCGGGUACAACCCGGCGGUGGAGGCCAAGGGCUUCACGGCUGCGCAGGCGAAGUCAGUAAUGAGCCAGAAGCACACCAGUGAAUAUGCCGUUGCCGACGCGCAGGAGCGGGUCCUCGCCCGCUUUUAA